UAACUGUAAAGCAAGAGCAAGAGCAGCAGCAGGAGGACACAGAGACCCACCGGACCUCUCUCAAACUUUUCCCCCGUGGAUGUCUUAACCCCAGGGCGUGAGGGUGUCCCCGGCAGAGGCCCGCACGCCCCCAGGUCCUCGUGUCCGGCAGGGGAGGGCGAGGAAGGCCCCUGCCACCCUGUCAUCUGGAGAGAGCAUGCGAAGGUAAUGUUCACUAGUCAUGAGCAGCUUGUGAAACGCUCAGGCAAGAAAGGGGUCGACCGGCCACAGUACUUGAAGGAGUUGGUUGAAGAGUUUCACACUUCUGAAAACUUUGAGUGCAGGAAACAAGUGUUAGCAAACCUUGCUAACUUUGCCUAUGAUCCAAUCAACUACCAGUGGUUUAGGAGGCUGAAUAUAAUUGAUAUCUUCCUUAAUCAGGCAUCGGAAGGACCCCCAGCUUUACAGAGUUUUGCAGUGUCGGGAUUGUGUAACCUUGCUCUAGAUUUGGAAAACAAGUCGUACAUUCUCAAAAAUGGAGGUGUGUCUUUCCUGUACGAGUGCCUGCUAGCGGAGGAUGAGGCAACACUCACAUCGGCCAUAACAACACUGAUGUUUCUUGUCACUCCGGAGUCCAAGUCAGAGAUAACCAGUACAAAGGUGGUGAAGCAGAUGUUAAGCAAAGCUAAAAGUGAUAAUCCUCGAAUCCAAAACUUGGCCAAAAUUUUUCUUCUUGAUUACUGUAGCCCAGAGCAAGUGAAGAUGGCAGAGGAAGAUGCAUAGUGGUGAUCCAAA